AGAAAGUUAAAGAACUGGAAGGCAGCCAAUGAGAUAUGCCUAUAAGUCUGCUGACACUUGACUAUAUCAAGUGAAAAACUAAAAUGGGAAAAACCCAGAGUGUCUUUGAGGAGAAAGGAUACACUAUCCAGAAGGAGAUAGAGAAUGGUGUCAUUGCUACUAACAAAGAUGGUGACCCGUUUGUUAUCAAAGAAAUCAAGCUUGAGACAUAUUUGACAUCUGAUGCUGAAUACAUAUUCUCUGAAAUGGGAAGUCUACUGCAAAUAAGUCACCCUCAUAUUGCAAACUAUCAAAACUCUUUUCAAGAUGGGAAAAGUUACUAUGUAGUUAUGGACCAUUGUGAGGGUGGAGAUCUCUCACAGAAGAUAAGAGACAGGAUGGUGACUGGGGAUCCUUUCUCAGAAGAACAGAUCAUGGACUGGCUUGUUGAGAUCUGUAUGGCCAUUAAGUGUGUCCAUGACAAGGGCCUUCUUCACAGAGACCUGAGACCACAGAAUAUCUUCCUCACUCAAUUUGGGACACUUUGUUUGGGAAAUUUUGGAAGACUCACUGAAAUUAUUAAAAGAUCUUCAGAGAAUGCAGCAUUGGCCUAUUUAGGUCCAGAAACUCUGAAUAGUGAAAUCUGUAACACCAAAAGUGAUAUAUGGUCCCUGGGGUGUGUGCUGUAUGAGAUGUGCAUGCUUCAGUCUGCAUUCACUGCAGAGAACAGAAAGAUGAAAAUAUUAGGGGGUCCUUACCCAUCUCUCCCAGAGAGCUUCUCACCUGAGCUCCGUGACCUGCUGUGUGACAUCUUCCAACAAGACCCAUCCAUUAGGCCUUCAGCUGGAGAAAUCCUGGCAAAACCCUUCAUUAUUAGUUUCCUCACAAAAAAGAGUGAGAAAACUGUGCAGGGACUCCAGACAAAUUUGGACAACCUGAGAGCGUUGGCAGACGGCUUGGAGCGUGUGCACCAGGGAACCACAAUAGGCAGUCUGACAGGAGGUGUUAUUGGGGCCGCUGGAGGAAUCACCUCCAUAGUGGGACUCAUCCUAGCUCCCUUCACUCUGGGCGCCUCCCUGAUCGUCACUGGGGUUGGUGUUGGGGUGGCUGUCGCUGGUGGAGCCACAGCCGGAGUAUCCAACAUAACAAACAUGGUUAAUCAGUCUACAAACCGAAAAGCCAUCAAGAACAUCAUCAAGGAGUUCCAGGAGAAGAUUAACUCUGUGGUGGUUUCUCUAACAGACAUCGCUGAGGGUUUAGAGAUGCUAAGUGUGAGUGGCUCCUUUGACGCAGGAAGAGACAACUUGCUGCCAAGGGCUGGAGUACGAGUUGGGAGGGGCCUCGGGGCCAUUCCAGAGCUCAUCCGAUUGGUCCAAGUGGCCAACAUCGGGAGGGUUGCGGCCCAAGCUGCCAGGGCAGUGCGUGUGGCAGAAGUGGCAACAGGAGUUUUCUCUGCUUUUUUUGUAGCAGUGGAUCUGUACUUCAUCGCCAUGGAUGCCAAAGAGAUCCACAACAUCCGACAGGCAAAGGCGAACAGGCAGUCUGUUGACACCAGUCGUUUAGAAGUGAUGGACACUGACUCGACCACAGGGCUGAACCCUGAAGGUGAAGAACCUGUUCCUGAACCCAAGCCUGAGGUCAAAUCGGAGACCAUGAACUUCAUCCAGACGAUCAGACAGACAGCUGAUCAGCUACAGGAGAGCCUGAACGAACUGAGUGAUGUCAUUUCAUUUAUUCCAAAGAUAGACGACUAUUACUCUGACAAUUAAGACUGUACUUGGUCGAAGUGUUUUUAAAUUAUGUAGAAACAAGACAGAUUUAAUAACUCAGUUAGGGGUGAUGUGAUGUGAAUAAUUUUGAAUUUUCUUUAGCUCUCAAAUUCAUGCUCAAAUCCACUUUGAUUAUCAGGCUGUAGAGAUCUGUUUUUUUCCUAGAAUGCUCUACUCCUGAACUUUUAGUUUUUAAUAUUUGUAUAUUCGAAUGUAACUGUAUAUCUUUUUUUACAUUCCAAACAAUACAUAUAAAUGUCCUCUAUAUUAUGCAUUUAGUUACAUUCCAGUUUACUCAGAGUUUCACACCUCUCCAGGUGAGCUCAGUAGGGUGGGGCUGAUGGCCCACACCUUGUGUUCAGGAUCUUUAGAGAAGCAACUGUUAUGUAGGACACCUGAUUAAUAUCACCAAGAGUCUGUUGGAGACUUGGAUGAGACAUUUCUCAUUGCACUACACUGGCGAAAAUGUGUUUAGUACUUUAAAGUACUUUAAAUGGUUCUUCAAGUGCACAAAAACAAGCAAGCACUAUGACAAAACUGGUUCUCAUGAGGACUGCCACAGGAAAGGAAGAGACAGAGCUACCUCUGCUGCUGAGGAUAAAUUAAUUAGAGUUACCAGUGUAGAUGUAUUGAUUGUAUAAGUUAGUGAACUGUUGUUAGAAAUGAAACAAAAUAUUAAUUGUUUGUAACUGUGUUGAAACUGAAGGA